GAACGGGCGUGUAGGGCGCGCGUGAGCCGGACACUUCGAGCAAAUAUGGCGCCGAGAUGAAGGAGGAGAAGACGAAUGCCGUUUGAAAGUUUUCUUUAAGAAACCACGGAUAAGUUCUGAUUAAAGAAACAUUGGAGCCGAGAGGCGACUGACGAAAAAAAGCACCGUGAUUAUUUCGAUGACAAGCGUGUUUUGAGUCCAGUCCCAACAAGAGACUGUUAUCUGACAAAGCUGCGCUGCGAUGGAGAAGCCGGCCUUACAGACGCAGCAUUCCAUGCUGCCGUUCUUCGAUACAGCUCAUGCUGUCAACCUGCUGCGCGGAAUCCACGAGCUGCGUGCCGAGCGCAAGUUUUUCGACGUGACGCUAUGUGCCGAGGGAAAGGAGUUCCACUGCCACAGAACAGUUCUGGCCGCUGCCAGUACCUACUUCCGUGCUAUGUUUGCCGGUACACUCCGUGAGAGCGCUAUGGACAGAGUUGCUCUACAUGAGGUCUCAGCUGAGCUGCUUGGCCUCCUCGUAGACUUCUGCUACACGGGCCGCGUGACUGUUACAUGUGACAAUGUGGACGUGCUGCUCAAGGCAGCUGACCUCUUUCAGUUCCCAUCAGUUAAAGCGGCAUGCUGCACUUUCCUGGAGCAGCGCCUUGAUUUAUCUAAUUGCCUGGAGAUCCAGGAUUUUGCAGAGGCAUAUGCCUGCAGUGAGCUAGCCACUAGUGCCCGGCGAUUUGUGCUCCACUUCAUUAUGGAACUGGCUAAGAGCCAGGAGUUUGAGCGCUUGCCUUGGAAGCGCUUGCUUGAACUAGUGUCGGACGAUGCAUUGCGUGUGGACAAAGAGGAAACGGCUUACCAGAUGGCGGCACGCUGGGUCAAGGCUGAUCCACGGAGACGUCUCCAGUACUGGCCAGAGCUCCUGCAGCAGGUCCGUCUGCCCUUUGUUCGCCGCUUCUUUCUACUUGCCCGCGUUGAGAGCGACCCACUCGUCUAUCUAAACCCAGAGUGUCUGCGCCUGGUGAGCGAGGCCCGCAGCUUCCAGUCAGGAGAGUACGACCGGCAUGACCGUCCCUGCCAGCGCACGCGCCCUCGUCCUUCCACCGGUCUCGCAGAGAUCCUGGUCAUGAUCGGCGGUUGUGACCAAGACUGUGACGAGCUUGUGACCGUUGACUGCUUCAACCCACAGACGGGCCAAUGGAGAUACCUGGCCGAGUUUCCUGACCAUCUUGGAGGAGGCUACAGUAUAGCAGCACUAGGCAAUGAUAUGUAUGUCACAGGCGGCUCUGACGGUUCGCGCCUCUAUGAUGGCGUGUGGCGCUACAACUCUAGUGUGAACGAGUGGACCGAGGUGUCGCCCAUGCUUAAGGCACGCGAGUACCACAGCUCUUGCGUGCUGAAGGGCCAGCUGUACGUGGUGGCCUCAGAGAGCACAGAGCGCUACGACCACGUGCUGGACUGUUGGGAAACGCUGGCACCCAUGCUGCACCCCAUGGAUAACUGUUCAACAACAGCAUGCGGCGGGCGUCUCUACGCCACCGGCUCUCUCACUGGUGACGACGCCAUGGCCAUCCAGUGCUACGAUGUCGACGCUAACCGCUGGAACCUGGUCAACUGCGGCCAGCUGCCUCCCUGGUCCUUUGCUCCCAAAUCAGUGACUCUCAACGGGCUCAUCUACUUUAUAAGGGACGACUCUGCAGGCGUAGACACCUAUGAUCCACAGAAGAACGAAUGGGACAAGAUUAGCCCAAUGACCCAAGUACAUGUGGGUGGAAGCGUGGCAGUCCUGGGAGGCCGCCUGUACGUGUCCGGUGGAUAUGACAACACGUUCGAGCUGUCCGAUGUGGUGGAGGUGUACGAUCCCGGCGCUCGCACCUGGAGCCUGGCUGGCCGCCUCCCACAGCCCACUUUCUGGCAUGGCAGCGUCAGUAUCUUCCGCCAGUUCAUGCCAAUGGUCCUCAGUACAUUCGAGCCAGUGGACAUCCCAGAGGCAGACGAUAUCCUCCUGCACAGACACCAUCGCCACCACCAGGCUCUUCAAGAGCUCAACAACGAGCUUAACCAGAACCACCGCAAUCGAGAAGUGAACCCGGCACACUGAUGGUUCUGUCGUACUCGAUGCUAAAUACGCACUUUAUCACAUAUUCACCUCAACCAAAGAGCAAGGAACCUGAACCAGAACCUGAACGUGGUCCUCAUUCUCUCCAGUUUGCUCCCCAAAUCAGAAUGCCGUUACUCUUGGGCCGGAUGUGUCCAGGAUUUGUGUUUACACCAGCUUAAUUCUCACCAUACUCCAACUAAUGUAAUAUCAGUGUUAAAACGAAAAACAAAAGAAGUAGCACGGUGAUGCUUUAAUGGAGGAAAAGAUGCACUUGAUCUGAGACUUUAUUACAGCCUUUUAUUUGAAAUAAUUUUUUUUUCACUAUUAUAUACUUCAAAACACCAGGAUCUAAAACAAAUAUUUAUUGAGCAACACAUCAGCCAAUUAUCGUCUGGCUUGUACAAUCAACCUUAGCAGCAAAGACCCCAAUCAUCACCCCACAGAACAAAUCAGUUCUAGGACAGGCUGCAAAUGUCCAACCGGAGUCUUUUAUUAUAUUUUAUGUCUUUUAUUAAUAUUAUUAUUAUUAUUUUGAUAGCAAGUUUAUUUAUGGAUGUUCAUGUAGACGUUUGCUUUUGAUGAAGGUGUGAAACAGUCGAUGAAGACCGAGUUGUUUUCAUUAUUUACUUGCUUUCAACACACUCUUAAAUAACUGGAAGCAGUUCAUCUGUCUUCUGACAAUCUCUUCUCCAGCAGACAUUGUGUGUUUUGUUAUUACUAACUACUACGACUAAUAAUAUGAAGAAUUUCGAUUAUGUACUCUAUACAGAAACGGUACUUGUCCUUGUAUGUUACUUUUUUUUUUCUUACAGUUUUUUUUUUUUUUUUUUUAGCUUUGUGGCCAAAUUUGUCACCGUCCAGGCCUCGUGUUUUGGUUCGUGUAGUGACGUCUGUAAGCAUGACGAAGGAAUAAACUGCUGGCAGAAC